ACUAUUUCUAUAUAUGGCCCAUCGUCUAUACGAUAUCUCAACAAAAAUGGAACCAAAAUGAGAGGUACUUUUUGAAUCUAUGAGGACGGAAAGUGAAGGAUGGAAACAGUCAUAUUGGUUUGAUAAGUUUCGUAUUAUUUUUUCCCUACGUCGGCAUCAACGCCUUUUGGUCCCGCUUUGAGGACAGCUAUGAUUCAUAUAUGAGUAGUAGAUAUAUGCUUUUACCGUUGCCGCAACGAGAAAGGAAUGAAAAGAUGGAAGAGAAGAAGUAAGGUGGCUAUAAAAGAAGAAGUAUCAACUAGGUUAUGUGCUUUGUUUUCUUUCAUUUGCUUCAUUUGAUCAUUCUGUUUUUAUGCUAGUUUUGUUAUUUUAUCAUCCUGACUCCUGAAUCGUGCUCCUGAUAUUCUUGAGCACAGGGUUCCUGAGUAUAAGAUAUCUAAUUAUUUGUUUUUCUGAAUUCCCGAUUUUGUCAUCAUGUCUUCAGAACAAGGUGAAGAUUUGAAAGCUUUUGAAAGGAGACUGACUGAAGUUAUAGCGUGCCUACAUCCUUCCACUACCAGAUGGAGAAUUGUGUUGUUAGCAGUUUCAGUAUGUGUUGCCACAGGGGCCAGCCAAUGGAUACUUGAUCCAGAGACAAGGAUAGUUUCAUUAUCACAGUCAUUAACAAACCAUCCUUUUUUUAUCCUGUCUACAAUAAUUCUAGUUACAAUAUUGCUCCUUGGAGUACAUAAAAGGGUGAUUGCUGCAUCCAUCAUAACAUCAAGAACGAGAGAGGUUUUAGGAGAUUUCAAUAUGUCUUGUGAUGACACUGGUAAGCUAAUUCUACGACCAAGACCCACACAUAAUAUAAGCUGGUCUUGACAAUUUUUUAAUGUAAAUUUUGUAAAUACCACCUCUUGUUUUUUCAAGUAAAAGUGUGAUUGUCUAUAGAUAUUAAGUGAGAUAUUUAUACUGUGUUCAUUAGGCAAGACUUUUCUGUAAAUUAGUAAAAUUAAAAUAAAUUCCAAAGUGGAAAUAAUCAUCAUUUA